AUGAACCUCAAUAUUCCUCAAAUAACAUGUGCCUCGAUCGAAACAGACGGAUUUGACUCUACUGCCGACUCUGCCUGGUUCACCCACCACACAGCACCCAUGGACGACGAACCAGAGACCGGUGCCCACACAUACCAAACCGAAGCUCUUCAAAGCUACUUAGCUGGAAAAUGUAAUCUCUCAAUUACAGCAACCACCCUCUGCUCCCUCCAGAAUCACAAUGAAACUCCCACGGACCUUCGCUCCCGCAUCUUCAAUCUCCUUGAAUCCGCUCUCUUCGAACUACCCCGUCGAUAUACCUCUUCUUUAAUCUCCCUUUUACUAGAAAUCCACAGCUCCGAUGAUCCCACCUGGAAGAACCUCCCAGGAUUCGCAACUUCCUGGUCCGACAUGUGGAAACAAGAUCAAUGGCGCUCUGCUCUGGCAAUAAGAGAUCCAGCGACUCGAUCGAAAAGGAGGGAAGCUCACAUCCAUCGCGCGUAUGUAGAAGCUUCAUGUGCAAUGGUUGCUGUGGGUCCAACAGCUGAAGAUGGGCUGAUGCCAUUGAGUUGGGGGUAUGAAUGUAUUUCUGAAGCUCUGGAGUGUCAGCAUGCGGUUUGGGAUUUCGAGGUUCCUGCUGCUGCUAUGUGGGUGAAGAUUGCUGGGAAGAGACUGAAAGAAGGCGCAGAGAGAGGRGAGAGAUCAUGGGCUUUGGAGAGGGAAGGAAGACUUUGGGGACCUGGUCCCAUGAGCUUGCAGCGAUGGGAAUUCUGGAUGAGGAGGUUUGAGGAAAUGGAGGAUGUGGGGAAUGCGAUUGCUAAUGCUGGUAGUGAGGGUGCCAGGACAAUGAGGACUUGA